UCAUAUCCACUAUAAAAUUAUUUUGUUUAUCAUUAACUACUCUCUUCUCGGAAACUGGAAAGUGAAAAGGAAGCAAAGAGCCCCAGCCCCCCGCAGCCACCGCAAGCUCCCACUUCCAUCCCUAAAACCCUGAUCUCGAUUUUCUCAUUCCCUUUCUCCCCUCCCUUCCUUUCCACUAUUUCCAUCUCCCGUCGGACACUCCCCUGCUCCGCCCUACGGACCACCCACGACCGCCACGAACCGUCCCACAAACUCGACCACCUCGAAUUUUCCGACACUGACAAUGAAGAUGAAAACGAGGAGCUUGAUGUCAACGCGCUAGAGCAAGAAGCCAAGGACGCUGUCGAAGCUUACUCUACCUCUCUCUCUCGCAUUCUCACCAUUGAUGACGAAAAAAAUGAUAUUAAGCAAACAGCUAAAAGACACAAGAGGGGUAAAACGGGAGCUAACAAUGUCAGGAUCCCUGACAACCUUCUCCAAGAGUUGCAAUUGUAGGGAGGCCAAAUGUUGGCAAAUCAGCCUUGUUCAACCGUCUUGUUGGGGGCAAUUGUGGUGGACGAACCUGGGGUGACUAGGGAUCGCUUGUAUGGUAGGUCCUACUGGGGAGACCGUGAAUUCAUGGUGGUGGACACAGGCGGGGUUCUUACUCUUUCAAAAUCACAAGCUAAUGUUAUGGAAGAUCUGGCUAUUACUACUACAGUUGGUAUGGAUGGUAUUCCGCUUGCCACUAGAGAGGCUGCAGUUGCCAGGAUGCCAUCAAUGAUUGAGAGGCAAGUGGUUGCAGCUGUUGAAGAAUCAUCUGUUAUUGUUUUCGUCGUUGAUGGUCAGGCAGGUCCAUCGGCUGCUGAUGAGGAGAUUGCGGAUUGGCUUCGUAGAAACUACUCAGAUAAAUGUGUCAUUCUUGCAGUUAACAAGUGUGAAUCUCCACGCAAAGGAAUUUUGCAGGCAUAUGAAUUUUGGUCCCUUGAGUUUGAACCAAUUCCAUUAUCAGCUAUAUCAGGCACUGGAACUGGAGAUCUUCUUGAUCUUGUUUGUUCAGGAUAUUUACCCAAAUCAUUGCAGAAACGGAUGUUAGAGACCCCUGAGAGAACCUCUUUUCUCCUCUCUGACACCCUCUUGGAACACUGGGCCUUUGACUUAUGA